AAAUAAAUAUACAACGGACGGGGUUAUUUCAGUGGUAUUUAAAUACGAAUUAAACCCGAAAAGUAUGAUACACAAACGGAUAAUUUACCGAAAAAGGGAUUAGAUUACAAUUUAAUUCAAACAUGUACAAACUAAGAUAAAAUUGCAUAUCUGACCUUGAUUAGACAUACAAUAGCAAACAAAGCACAAAGAUCAAUACCGUGUCUAGUUUAUUCAAUAAACGGGUAUGUUUUGUGUUGGAGCGAUCGAUUUAGACUGGGACAUGGUAUCUAUGCUAUAAGUUGACUAUUUCCAAUAAUUCGUUAGAAAAUGUGCCCAGUUUUAGCGAUUAUUCCAGUUUUAAUCACCAUAUUGUUGUGUUUUGGAAUAAACUGGUAUUUCAGGAGGAAGUGUAUCCAGGCAGAUGAUAGAGCAGUCUUUAUAACGGGAUGUGACAGAGGUUUCGGUGAGACACUUGCUUGUAAGCUGGCACUGGAAGGGUACGAGGUAUAUGCAGGAUGUCUUGAUUUGGCAAGUGACGGAGCAAAGCGACUACAGAACUACUCGAAAGUCACCGUUCUACAGUUAGAUGUUACAGACGACAAAUCCGUGGAAGGCGCCAAACAAACUCUGUUCCAACAUUUGUCGGAAAAGGGGUUGUGGGCUGUUGUGAAUAACGCCGGCGUGGCCGUAUUUGCCGAAACAGAAUGGUGCAGCAUGGACGAGUACAAUAAGGUGAUAGGAGUGAAUCUCAUGGGUACAAUCAGGGUAACAAAGGCAUGUCUACCUCUCAUCAGGAGGGCACAGGGUCGUGUCAUCACUAUAUCUAGUCUAGCAGGACGCCUAGCACUACCAGGUUUUACAGCUUAUUCUGCCUCGAAAUUUGGUUUGAUUGGGUUCUCGGAUAGUUUGAGGCGAGAGAUGUGGAAGUUCGGUGUCAAGGUCAUCAGUAUAGAGCCAAAACUAUACAGGACGGCAAUAUCGGAUGGCGAUUUUCACGUGCAGACGAACCAGAAAAUGUGGUCAGAGACAGAUGAAAAUGUACGUGUUGAUUACGGUGACACAUAUUUCCGCGCCUUUUUAGAGAAAAUGCUCAGCAACCUACAGUUGUCAAGCAGGCGGACAUACCAGGUGAUAGAUGAUCUCAUGCAUGCGACUACUGCUCAAUAUCCGUACACACGUUAUGUACCUGGUCUCAAAAUGCAACUGAUGAGCGACCCAUUUGUGAUACAACCGAACUGUGUGCUAGACUAUUGUGUACAUAGUCGGCUUAACGUUCCCUGUGUCCCAUUUUCUAUGCGAAAAAAGAAAUCCGCGUAACAUUAUUAUUUAGUUUUUAGUGCACCAACUGGUACAGUUUUCAAGAAUUUACUUAAGUUACGGAUACAUUUCAGGUAGGCUGUUUUUCUACUGAAGUGUCGUCGAUGUUUUCGUUAAAAACUAUGUUGUUACAUAUAAAACUGAUAAAAUUUAUUUCAAACACUCAUUAUUUUCCGGUGCAAUUAUGUAGUUCAGUCUUCAUAUUAUGAGUCACUGUCUAUUUUUCUUUACUGCUUUGAUAUUUUUUUUUCUAAAUAAACUAAAAAAGACAA